AUGGUUCGCGAGCCAACCUUCGUGCCCUGUCACCUGAAAAGUGCUCGAACGCGUUUCGUCCACGCGUGUGCUCUUGGAGUUUGUGAGCGAGCGACAACGCGACAUGGCGCACAGCUAUCGAUUCGCAAAGCACGAGUGAGCGGGCACAGCGCGCCCGCAACGCACCUGCGGCACCGAGGCGGCACCCGGGACCUCGUUGCUCGCAGUUUUGGAGAGCCACCCUUCGAAGGCGACCUCGACUCGGAACGAGACUGGAAAGCGGCAGCCAACUACGAUGCACCGGCGCCGAGCGCAGUCUCUCCGUGUUUUCCACUACUAGACUGGCAGGUGCCGUCUCUGCGUGCAGCUGAGGAGCGCUGGCUCGCCGAGGAAGUCCGUCUUUGGUUAGACCGAGAAUGGGAGCCGCUUGCAGCACACCGGGAGAUAGGUGAAAAAGCUGCGAAAGCGGCACUUGACGCACGCAUGGCGUUAGAGGGUAGCGGCAGGACCGCCAAGUUCGGUGAAGUUCUCAUCACUGUUGCCUCUGAACUGGAGCGCGGCCCGAAUCACCAGGUGGGUCGCGACUCCUGGAGAGAAGCCUAUGUGAAUCCCUUUGAUGUCGCCAACAAAGUAAGUGACCUGUACAUGGUCCGGUAUUUUGUAGAAACGGAACUUACUGCACCUGCGGAGGACGAGUCCGACGCGACGGACAUCGAUUCGAGCUGGACCGCGCUACCCCUCUCGGACACCUGUCGUUGCACUUGUCUGGAUUAUGAAGAUAUUUUGGCGAUUCAAAAGCGGGCACGAGAUCUGGGCCUCUCCGUUGGCCGGAUCGCUUACGAUAAAUCGCGCCUCGGCGGUCAGGCGCAAGUGCGAAAGAACCGCACGGAUACUGGGGCAUCACCAACUGGAAGCAGCGUCUACGAGCGCAGCUAUGCUGCAGACCAUGUGGACAAAACGAUACAAAGCUUUGACGAUGUAAUGUACCGGGAGCGAGUCCUCUAUGAAGCUCUGAGAACUAAGCGUCUCGUUCAGGAGCGAGGUCUGUAUGGCGAUUUUGCGCUGGGAUGCAACGAAGAAUACGUGAAGGCGGCGUUUCCAUCAGACAAGGUCUGGGGCUGGGACCCCGACCCACACCAGCAAUCGGAUGCGAGACCACCAUCAAUGCCGAUCGAGUCGACACCGUUUGAUGGCAUCGUGGGCUCCAUUCGCGAUGUUCACCCCUUCGAUAGGCAUGUUUUCUUUAUGGGAACGCUCUACGGCGAUAUCCCGAGCGUAGUCGUGAAUCGCGUGGUCUCCGAGACCGCACGCUUAGCAAAUCAUACCAUGCUGCUCCAUCAUGAUUUUGACGUAGAAGCAUUAUUACGCGGGGUAGAUGGCACCGAUGCGAUCGUUGACCAGCUGAAUGGGUUAUCGGUUGAGGUCGCAUUUCGGGCGCUGCGCCCAGCACCGGCUGCAGCGACGUCUCAAGGCGAUUCCGCCGCAGCGGAAGCGCACAUGGCGGGAACGCAGUCUGAUGCAGGCACGCAUGCAGCAGACGCGGAUGCAGAUGCAGAGCUGCGGAUGCAAAUUCAACGCGAUCUUGAUCUGCUCAUCGAGACGCUGUAUGGUGAGGUGGCUGCUCAGGUAGCGCUCCAAGAGAAGGAUCGGAGUUUCCGAGUACGUUCCGCAAUCGUACGGUACUUGGCUGCUUUCACUUGGGGUACACCCUGA